CAACGUCGGCGCCAAUGAAUCGAGGAAAGGUCGCUGAAAAAUCGACUACGCUCCUAACAGCGGCGUCGUUCGAAAACAUAUGAACCUCUGUCAGCGCCUUCGAGCCGGUAUCAUCCAUCGGCCAUAAGUGGGCGUACUCGAGGAGUCUAGACUCACUCCGAGAGUCGACGGCGUCGAAUCAGCACACGCACCCCUACGAUGCAUUUCAAUCCGGCCCUUCUGGUUGCCAUAGCGAUACUAGUGUCAUCCGAGUGGCAUCUGUCUCGAGGUUACCUUGCAAGGGCGCAAGUUCCCAUUAAAGACGGUAAAUGCCAGUACAACGGCACGGAGAUAUCACCGUCUGAGCCACUGAAACUGGAGCAUCCCUGCGAAGAAUGGCGUUGUCACGUGAGCACAGGAGAGACCGGAGAACUUGUCCAAGCAGGUUGUGGCGUUGUGGUUCCGGGUCCAGGUUGCACUAAGGUCAGAGGCACUGGUGUCUAUCCGGACUGCUGCUACAAGAUUGUGUGCGACUGACUACCCCGCAUUAUGAUAGCCGCCCACACGUUGCUUAGUGAGAGGAUAUAAUCAGGGAGGGGCUUCGUCGAACCACGAGUCACUCGUGGCUCGACUUUUUUUCCUUCCGUAAAAGUGUACCGAUGGGCUAGUUUGUUGAUCAUUCUAGUAUAUGGCAGCGUACGCCGUGUGAAAGGACGACAUGAAAAAAAGAAAGAAAAAAGGAAGAAAGAAGAAAAAUACACAAUGGCUGACCACCGAAGGUAAAACCCUAUUCGGUGGAAGACGACCCGAGUAGCUUGAAAUAAACUUGCUUAAAAUGCAUUGGUGGGCUAGUUUGUUGAUCAUGCCAUAUGCGACAUAUAGCAUAUGGCAGCAUACAUCGGGUGCAAUGACGACACGAAACAAGAAAGGCGUGCAGAAGUGCUGAGUCAGCGCUUGCGUAUACUCGCAUACUCACUCAGCGCUUGGUAGUCAUGCGUUCCGUGUGGAUCUGUCUUUGUUCGGAGCUAAAGCUGGGGCUUCAAUUGCGAAAGAAAUUAGAGUUGCGUGCAUCGGACAAGCGAAGGGAUUGAAGUACCUUAUUUUCAGAAGAAGGAAGAAGUUUAUUCGUACGAAAGAUGACCUGACCUUAUACGUUCUGAACUGCUGGACUCCGCGCUGUAAAACUUGAAUAAAAGACGGGGGGAAUUUGAUAAUCACAGUGAAUGCCGACGCACUGGAUUCUGAUCACCUUGCUUCUGUAACAUGCAGCGCUGAGUCCAGUCCAGUUGCCUGCAGAAAUUGCACGGUAAACUGUUAUACUGUCUGUAGGUAUGUCUUAAUAUGUCACCCAUGUCUACCCGCAUGCCAUCAGUGGAAGCGAAUUAAAAUAUGACCGGAAAGAAAGAAACUCGCCUGGCGAACGAUAGAAGCAGUUAGUUGCUACACAUUAGUGUAGUGAGGAUUGAAAAGAGUUGACAGUCUAAAGUACGAAUAAAGUAACGCUAAU